CACGAAUUCUCCUCCAACUCAGUUGCUGCAGUACUGUAGCAGUGUGGAGAGGGUAACCGGAAGGGACUAGGCUAUAUUGUCUCGGAAAUAACACUCGAUAAUUUUUUUAUAUAUAAAACAGAGGCAAUCCAUCGUUUAUUGACCGUUUGGGCAUUAUAACAUUCUUAACCAUCUACGGUCAUCAUUUUGAACAACCCAAAGCCAACCAUGUCGACCAAGGAGGAGACACCCGCCGCUGACGGAGACAAGCCGCAGACGUCCUCCUGGAAAGAUUCUAUCUACAACCCACGAACAGGAGAGUUUAUUGGCCGAACCGCUAAAAGCUGGGCGCUGAUAUUGCUUUUCUACCUGGUCUUCUAUGGCUUCCUGGCGGGGAUGUUCACGCUCACCAUGUGGGUCAUGCUGCAGACACUAGACGACAACAUUCCUACAUACCGCGACCGAGUGGCCAGUCCAGGUUUGGUGAUCAGGCCCCGGUCCUUGGACAUCGUCUUCAACCGCACCGACCCUAAGCAGUACGGCCAGUAUGUCCAGCAUCUGGAAAACUUCCUUCAGCAAUACAACGACACCGUGCAGGAGAAGAACGAGCUGUGUAUGGUGGGAGAGUACUAUGAGCAGGAUGAUCAGGAGGAGAAGAAGGUGUGUCAGUUCAAGCGCAAUCUGCUCCGGCAGUGCUCCGGCCUGUCUGACACCACCUUUGGCUACGCUGAGGGCAAACCCUGCGUCCUAGUCAAGAUGAACAGGAUCAUUGGACUGAAACCGCGCGGGGACCCCUACAUUAACUGCACAGCUAAGAGAGAAAGCCCCCUGCAGAUGCAGUACUUCCCAUCCGAGGGGCGUUUCGAUAAGAUGUACUUCCCUUAUUACGGGAAGAAUUUGCAUUCAACCUACGUUCAGCCCCUGGUUGCGGUCAAGCUUCUGCUGACCAAGGAAGACUACAACAACGAGCUGACCAUGGAGUGUAAGAUCGAGGGCUCCGACCUGCGGAAUAGUGACGACCGCGACAAGUUCCUGGGGCGCGUCACAUUCAGGGUCAAAGUGGUCGAGUAGUGGUUCAGGAAAACCACUAGAGCUGCACAAUGCCGUCUUUACGUGUAAUCAAUGCCCUCACCCAUCUCCACUGAACCGUCCUCCUCAAUCCACUCCCCCCUCCAUCCGGCCAGGAACAGGCCCUGCCCCCUUGGCUACUCGAGGGAUGGAUCAGGGGAAGCUACAGUAGCAUGGUCGUGUGCUCCUUAUAUUCAUUUUUAAAUCCCCAUCCCUUAUCAUAUGUCACUGACUCCUCCACCUGCCAGCCCCCCUCUUUGCCCUUCAUCACACCAUGAAAAGUGACAUACAAUAAACUAACAAUUUGAAUCCCCCUCAAACACACACACAAAUACACACACACACACACACCUCUCACCUCCAAUAAAGUCAGUGGUGAUGUAGCGACAUCGUGCCAUAGUAUGGACCUGUAUAUAGCUGUAUUUGGAGCAUUGAAUUUAUGUGGUAUCCCGUAGUGCUGUGCAGUUUGCUGUGUGUGAUGUGUUGUUUCUGUAUAUACAUACUUGAUGGCUAUAAACACUGUUUCUGUAUUUAGCUCACUGUCUGAACGCUGUAAAGAAAUCAAACGAAGAAAUAAUGAAUAGCUGUAAUUUAAGAUUAUUGUUUAAGAGAAUACAUUUAAGGAUGAAAAAUGCACAAAAAUAUAUCAGCUUAUAAUUAAACCUACCUGUCCAACAGCUAAGGGAAGAGGUUUUUACACACCUAUGGGAACUGUGCUUUGUACAGAUGCCUUAAGGUCUGUAUGAGAACAAAUUUGAAAUAAAGAUGAUUUUAAAAAAAUCUCAAUUUG